CGCGCAGUUGUUAAGUGGAAGCGGGUGAGGGAGGGCACGUCCUGCCAGGUAGGUAUGCGGGCCUAGGUCGUAGCCAGUCGUUUCCCCUUCGUCAGCACCAGCAGCACCACCACCAUGAGUGUCGUGGGCUCCGUGGUGGUUAUCAAGCGGACGGGCGCCGACGGGACGCCCUACCCCAUGGUGCACUGCAGCUGCUCCAUCGGCAGGAACAUCGAGUGUGACAUCCGGGUGCAGCUUAACUCAGUGUCCCAGCAGCAGUGUCGCAUCGAUGUGGACCCCAGCGGGAAGGCGUAUCUCACGAACCUGAGUCACAACAACCAAACAGUGCUGGGUGACUACACGCUGGCCCCGGAGGAGGUGUGCAUGCUCAGCCACAAGCAGGUCAUCAGCGUGGGGGAGAGGAAGUUCCGCUGGGAGUACCCUGAAGACUCCGCCCUGGCUGUGUCUUUCCCCGCUGUCGCCCCUGCAGAAAAAGUGAAGAUCCUCGUGCCUGUGGACAAGUCGCCGCUCCCUCGCUAUACAGACAGUGCUGGAGUGUCACAUCGCUGGAGUAUUGAUGAUGCUUCAGAGGCCAAGAGGAAGAAGGUGUCGUUUGGACCUCAACUGAACCCUGAGCACUUCGACAAGCUCCUGCCGCCCGCCACUCCCGUAAGCAAGGGAGACAAGCCCAACGGUCGCCAGAGUCCCCUCGAUGCCCCUUCGUCUGGCCCAGGCAGUGCGAGAAAAUCUGGAAGAGUGUCGGUUGCCUCCACAUUUGAGAGUAUCCCUGAGUAUGUUCCCGACACACCCACCAAGAGCCUCCUGCGUCGACGAAGCCCCACCCCAGUCAAGCCCUAUCUGGCACGCAGCCUUGGAAUCAGCAUGGGCAAGCUGCAGGGGGAUGUACCCUCCCCAGAGAAAGAAACUCCACACACAUCACAAGCCCAACCCACUGAAGUCCCUGCCCAAUCCUCUAAGCCAAUGCCAACUGACAAGCCUAUGGACAGAACACCAGUAAAGAAGCCAGUCACACCACUCAAGCGACCCACACCUGGUCCAAAGACACCCAAAUCCCCAAAGGUUAUCUCCACAAAGAUCGCACACUUGAAGCUCGUGUCCCCAAGUGCUGCUGGGGAGAAAUCCACAUCUCCCCGAGGCCGCCCCAAGAACACCCCCAGCCCCAAGGCACCGGGAGCAGCCUCGCCUCGUGGUCGCCCCAGGAAGUCCCUAUCACCAUCGGCAACACCAUCACCACGUGGCCGACCAAAGAAGUCUCUAUCACCAUCACCGCGUGGCCGACCAAAGAAGUCCCUGUCACCAUCAGCAACACCAUCACCACGGGGUAGACCAAAGAAAUCCCAGAGUCCCAAGGCACCAGGAACACCAGUACCACGUGGCCGUCCAAAGUCCCAGAGUCCCAAGGCACCACGCGGUCGCCCAAAGUCCCAGAGUCCCAAGGCUCCACGCGGUCGCCCAAAGUCCCAGAGUCCCAAGGCUCCACGCGGUCGCCCAAAGUCCCAGAGUCCCAAGGCUCCACGCGGUCGCCCAAAGUCCCAGAGUCCCAAGGCACCACGCGGUCGCCCAAAGUCCCAGAGUCCCAAGGCACCACGUGGUCGCCCCAAGUCUCAGAGUCCCAAGUCACUCGGAACCCCAUUGCCACGUGGCCGCCCCAAGAAGUCCCUGAGCCCUUCUCCUAAGCUGCAAGGGUCCCUCAAGAGGCCUGCAAGUACCAGCCAGGUUUCCAGCACCCCCCAAAAAAAGUUGUUCAAGUUUUCUAACUCUCCUCUUAAACCACCAGCACCCAAGACACUCACACCCAAGCUUGGCACCCCAAAGAGAGCUGGCACCCCUACAUAUGUUACUCCCAAAAAGUUUAUGAAGGUUGGUACCCCUAAAAGUGUUGGGAAAAUUAAUAAUGCCACUCCCAAGAAGCCCUCCUCACCAAAGGCUUCCCCAAAGGUGGCCACUCCCAAGGCUUCUCCCAAGUCAGCAACUCCUAAGGGUUCUCCCAAGCUGUCAUCCCCAAAGCCAUCAACACCUAAGGGUUCUCCCAAAGCAGGAACUCCCAAGGGUUCUCCCAAGCUCUCAUCUCCUAAAUCUGCCACCCCCAGGAAAGUAACAUCUCCCAAGGUUGUCUCAUCCAAGCUGUCGUCCCCCAAGGCUUCUUCCAAGCUGUCAUCUCCCAAAUCUGCAACUCCUAAGGCUUCUCCCAAAUCUGCAACUCCUAAGGCUUCUCCCAAAUCUGCCACUCCGAAGGCUUCUCCCAAGUCUGCCACUCCCAAGAGAGUAUCAACUCCUAAGUCUUCUCCCAAAUCUGCCACCCCCAAGAGAAUAUCAUCUCCCAAGGCAGCAACUCCUAAGGCUUCUCCCAAAUCUGCCACCCCCAAGGCUUCUCCCAAGGCAGCAACUCCUAAGGCUUCUCCCAAAUCUGCCACCCCCAAGGCAGCAACUCCUAAGGCUUCUCCCAAAUCUGCCACCCCCAAGGCAGCAACUAAGGCUUCUCCCAAAUCUGCCACCCCCAAGGCAGCAACUCCUAAGGCUUCUCCCAAAUCUGCCACCCCCAAGGCAGCAACUAAGGCUUCUCCCAAAUCUGCCACCCCCAAGAGAGUAUCAUCUCCCAAGGCAGCAACUCCUAAGGCUUCUCCCAAGCUGAAAUCCCCCAAAUCUGCCACCCCCAAGGCUUCUAAGGCUUCUCCCAAAUCUGCCACCCCUAAGAGAGUAUCAUCUCCCAAGGCAGCAACUCCUAAGGCUUCUCCCAAAUCUGCCACCCCCAAGAGAGUAUCAUCUCCCAAGGCAGCAACUCCUAAGGCUUCUCCCAAGCUGACAUCCCUGAAAUCUGCCACCCCCAAAGCUUCUCCCAAGGCAGCAACUCCUAAGGCUUCUCCCAAGUCUGCCACCCCUAAGAGAGUGUCAUCUCCCAAGGCAGCAACUCCUAAGGCUUCUCCCAAGUUCCCUACUCCCAAGGCUUCUCCCAAGUUUCCCACACCCAAGUCUUCCCCAAAGGUAGCAGCUUCUAAGGCUUCCCCCAAGUUUCCCACCCCUAAGGCUUCCCCCAAGUUUCCCACACCCAAGUCUGCCACUCCCAAGGCUGCCUCUCCCAAGCUUGCCACUCCCAAGAAGCUUUCAGCCAAGUCCAUUUCCCCCAGGUUUCUCUCCUCCAAGCUGGCAUCAUACAAAUGUCCCUCACCCAAGUUUCCGUCACCCAAGCUUUCAUCUCCCAAGUCAUCUCCUAAGUUUCCCUCACCCAAGCUGUCUCCCAAGUUUUCCUCUCCCAAGUCUGCAGCCAAGAAGUUUUCCUCCCCUAAAGCUGCAAACCUCAAGCUAUCCUCUCCCAAGAACCGCUCGUCCCCCAAAUUGUCGUCGCCAAAAUCCACUUCAAAGGCCGCCACAUCUCCAAAGCUAUCCUCUCCCAAGCCUAGCCGCCCUAAGAAGCUGUCGACUCCCAGGAAACCCACAACCCCCAAGAAACUGUCCACUCCCAAGGGCACCUCUCCCAAAACCCCUUCCACUCCCAAGCCAGGUCGGCCCAAGACAGUGGCCACCCCUAAAGCUACCACCCCCAAGCCUGGCCAUUCUAAGAAGCUGUCAACCCCCAGGUCUGCCAGCCCAAGGAAGCCAGCAACACCCAAGUUUGCCAGCCCAGAGGUGUUGGCAGCCCCUGGGUCUGUCACUCCUUGGUCGGUUAGCCGCAAAAAGCUCUCAUCGCCCAAAUUUUCGAGCCCUGAGGUCAUAGCAGCCCCGGGUUCUGCUAAGGGCAAGAAGUCCCAGAGCCCCAAGUUUGCCAGUCCCAAGAAUGUCUGCGCGGUGCUUCUGACGCCACCACACACUGGCAGCCCCAAAGCAUCAAGCACCAGUAAGCUGACACCUCCCAAGUCACCCGGGGUCAAGAGGUCUGCCACACUCAAGACACCAACUCCCAAGAAACUGAAGACAGACAGCCCCAAGAACAGUGGGUCAGCAACACCCAAAUCCACCGGCAAGAAACACCCCAGAACCCCGGCCUCUGCUCUUCGCAUCAAGGCAGCAACAUCAAGGUCCACCCACAAGAAGGUCACUAUCAAGAGCCAGACUUCUGCCACGCCGGGCCUCAAGUCAGGAAAGCUGUCCAGGGUGAUGAAGGCCAAGACGCCCAAGAAGACCUGGGCUGACGUGCUGAAGAAGGGGCUGACGGGGAAGGGGGCGGCCCUCUCCCGCUCCCAGAAGGCACGGACUGUUCUGGCGGCAACUCGCACCAUGCACAAGCAAUCCAAAAGGACUGUGCAGCCCAAGAAGACCAAGCAAACAUUUCCCUUCCAGGAGGCAGCCCUGAAGCAGCAGGAGGUGGCCAGCACCACCAGCACGGGCCACGCCAACUCUCCAGCUCCAAUCAUCAUCCGCCGGAAGACAACCCAGACCCCCAAGGUGUUCAGGCGGGGCCAGAAGCAGCCAUGCCCCGUCAACCAGCCUGGGGGGGUGGGCGACACCGCUGACCUGGAGGGCCUGUCCUCCCUCAUGGCCACCCCCAGGGUGCCACCUCAGGGAGAGACAGCUGUGCCAUCCCCAAGAGGCAGGGUGAAGGCCACCCCCCGGACCUCACCGUCCCAGCGGCUGCGCCGGGCUCUGCGCAGCUCCCCGUCCUCGUCCUCUGCCAACACCUCCAUCAGCUCCAUCAACAUGACCAACUUUGACUUCUCUGCUGUCAGGACUCCUGAACUCACCAAGGACCUCUUUGUGUCUUCCCUGGAGACACCAGCCCCCUGCGGCACACCGGAGAGUGUGUACAGAAACCCUGCAGACAGACAGGCCCUGGACUCCCCGGUGCAGGUCACCAUAGAGGCCGAUGCCACCACCUUUGACUUUGGCAACGCCCACACACCCGACGUGACCCAGGACAAGUUUGUCUCCCCCGUGAGUGGUCUCAGGACUCCCAGAACAGCCAUCUCAACGCCAAAGCCACAGCUGAAGAACAUGGCCCCACUCAGGAACCUCUCUGCGGAGUCUAUACCUCAGGAACAGCAAGAGACAAGUUCCAGGGAUGCAGCGUCAGAGGAGAACCUUGAGGGAGCUGCAGGAACUUCAUCCCAAGCCAACCACACAGACGCUGCAAGUGUGAAGAAGCUCCUUAGGACGCCCAAGGCUGCCACAUCACCCCAGGCAGAUUACACAGAUGUUGCCGGUGUGAAGAAGCUGCUUAAAACACCAAGAGCUGCACCGCCAUCACCACAAGCCAACUACACGGACGUGGCCGGCGUGAAGAAGCUCCUCAGGACACCCAAACCUGCAGCGACAUCCCCUCAGGCUGACUACACCAAUAUAGUGGGGACAAGGAAGCUGAUGAAGACGCCCGGGCCUGUACCAGCAUCCCCUGAAGCUGACUACACCAAUGUUGCAGGUGUAGGCAAGAUGCUGAGGACCCCCAAGCCCGCGCCAGCAUCCCCUGAGGCUGACUACACACAAGUGGCAGGGAUGAAGAAGCUGCUGAGGACCCCCAAGCCUGCUGUGGCAUCCCCUGAGGCUGAUUAUACCAAUGUUGCUGGUGUUGGAAAACUGCUGAGAACACCCAAGCCUGCUGUGGUCUCUCCCAAAGCUGACUACACCAAUGUUGCAGGUGUGGGCAAGCUGCUCAGGACUCCCAAGGCUGCUGUGGCAUCCCCCGAGGCUGACUACACCAAUGUUAGAGGUGUUAGACAUUUGCUGCGCUCGCCCAAGACUCCCACAAACACACCUGAAGCUGAUUUUACAGGUGUGGCUAUGCUCCUGUCCACACCUGAGCCACAGCUGGAAGAUGAUGCAGCUGUGAGGGUUGAGAGAGCAAGAAAGACUCCCUUGGCAGACCACACCAACGUGGACCGCUCACAGUCCCCGGUGCGAGGAGCGAAAGGCAAGGCUGCCACCCCUCAGAAGGAAGCCUCCCCGGCCACCAGCUCCCCUUCAGAAAAUAUUCCGCCCCAGGGCCAGGAGGAGGAGGGCCCUGCGCCGCGGAGGUCACAGAGGAAGCCCAAGGCAGCCGACCAGCAGAGUGAGGUCACGCCAGUCAGGCGGAUGCGCUCCAGAAGGAAGAUCGAGGACUGUGUCUUGGAGCUGGUGCAGUCUCCCAUUGGCUCCACACACUCCCUGCUCUCCACGCCUCUGGAGGAACAGCCAACACCCACGAGAAAGUCCAAGAGGACCAGGAAAGGAGGGGUGGAUGCGGAUCAGGACACCCCCAGCAAAGCCUUGGUUGCACCCGGCACCCCGGUCACAGUUCUCCAGGCAACAGUGGAUGCAGGUGAAGUAGCACCCCUUCCAGAGGUGCUCCCCUCACCUGAAGAAGACUCCAUCCAGGGAAAGCAAGGCAAGGAGGAAGAGGCAGCCACACCUCGGCCAAAGAAAGGCAGAGCAAAGAAGGAGCUCUCGGAUGAAACCGAGGUACAAAAUGUCCCUGCGAAGACGCUGGAUGAGAAUGUCGCAGUAGAGUCCCCGGCAAAGACCACCCGCAGGGGAAGAGCUGCCAAGGGAACAGCAGCAGAGUCGGAUACAAAGGAGUCAGUGGAGGAGGAGGCCCGGCCUGCUCCCACAGUGAGAGGGAGGGGAAGGAGAGCAGUGGCAGCAGCGGCACCUGUUGAAGAUUCCAGCCAGAGAGAACAGAGCGCCGAAGCGUCUCUACCAAAGGGACGUGGAACAAAAAAUAAGCUCCCAGACGAGGAGGUUGAGGUACAAAAUGUCCCUGACAAGACCUCUUCAUCAGAUGAGGAUGUCACAGAGUCUCCGGCAAAGAUCACUCGCAGAGGAAGAACUGCAAAGGGAGCAGCAGCAGAGUCUGGCAAGAAGAAGUCUGUGGAAGAGGCGGCCCAGCUUACUCCCACAGUGCGAGGGAGAGGAAGGAGAGCAGCGGCAGUAGCAGCAGCAGCGGCUAUAGCAAUUGGCUCUCCAAAAGACCAAACAAGCAAGGACGACAAACCCCAAGCCUCCAAGAGCAAGAGAGGCCAGAGCAAGGAAGAGCAUGACACCGCUGCGGUGGAGGAGGGUGGGAAGGGAACAAGGAGGACCAGAAGGAAGGUGGCUUUUGCCGACGAGCCCGACACGAAACAAAGUAAGGACGAGGACAGUGAAGAAAAGUCCAUCCCUGCCAAGAGACCAGCAGCAAGGAAGACAAGAGGUGGGAGGGGAAGCAAGAAGGAGGAGGAGGAGGAUGAAGCUGAAGACAAGGAGAAUAACAGUCCACCCAAGAAGGCAAGGACACAGAGGACAAGGGCCAAGAAGGGAGACACUGCUGAUGAUGAUGAAGGCAAGGCAGAGGACAAGGAAGAUGAGGACAAUGCAACUCCUGCCAAGAGGGGAAAGAGGCCGCUGAGAACAAAAUCCAAGAAUACCAGUGAGGAAAAAAUGGAUGAAGACACAAAGACUGAAGAAGAGAAAGCUGCCACAACCAAGAAGGGAAGGCCGAGGAAGGCAGCAGCUAAGAAGGGAGGAAAGGACGACGAGAAGAUGGAGGAGAAGGAAGAUGUGCCCAGCGAGGACUCCAAAGACGAGGAGUGUGUGCCCACGCCCCCCAAGAGAGGGAGGAGGCAACAGAAGGCUGCGCAGGACCCUCCCCCCGCCAGGACCAGCAACAGAAGAGGCAAAGUCACGGCCGAGGUUGCUUCCCCAGAGGCCAGGCCUACAAGAGCAACACGAUCUCGCAAGAAACUGUAAUAGUACAAUUGAGUACCUGCCCACCUGUCUUCAAACACAACCUGUAGAGUGCAACUCAUACAUGUAUAUUUUAUUACACAAUCCUCUUCCUCAUCUGUGUUAGGCAACCUGACUAGUUCAACUAGUGAUUAAUACAUGAAAGGUGUAUCUGUGUGCGUGUGUGUGUAUUCAACUGUAUGUAUAGAUGAAUUAACUGUGCUAUUUUAAGGUUCUUGCAUUUAGUGAGUGUGGGUGUUGUCCUCCCGAGGAGGGUGGCCACAGACAAGGGCUGGGGUGGAGGAGGCCGGCUGUGCCUACUCGACACACUCUAGCAGUUUGGAUUUUAAACUUUUCUUGAGGCUCAUCACCUCCAUUUUUCACCCUGCACGGCAUACCUGCCCUGUUUUAUAAAGGAAACAAAUCUGAAAGCUCAGUAUUGUACCUGCUAGCUGAAUACAAGGGAUCAGGCUGACUCCUUCCUCUCCCUGGCCAUAAACUAUCCCAAACUACUGCCCGGCCACUCCUGAGCUCUUUAGUGUGAUUAAGGUACUUUUAGAAAUUGUGAGCAUCAAAGCUUUCUUCUUAGCUGUAAGGUUGUUCAAGUUCAGAAUAAAUAAUGUAGAUAAUUUAGAUGUCAUGUGAGAGAUGGUGACUGGUAUUCAGGAGACUUUCAGUAGUGUUUUAACUCUGCCUGAAGCAUUAAAGUAAGCUUCAGCACUUGCAAUUUAAAUUACACAUUUUUUUACUUAUUUUUAAGUUUUUAUUUUAUGAAUACAAAGAACUGAAGGAAUUAGAUGUACCAAACUUU